AUGUUCUUCUCCAAGAUCCUUGUUCAGUGCCUCCUUCUAGGUGCAACUACUGCUUUUUUCAUCCCGAAGCGGUCCGAAGAGAGCAUCUCUCUUGGAAAAGAUCGUGAAAUUGUGGAUGGAAACUAUAUAGCCGAUGAGAAUGUAUGGCUGAUUCCAACUGCCACCAUGCCUAUCUCCAAGAUCUCUCGAUCCAAUAUCGCUGAUGCCCCCUCGCCGACUCAAUCGGGAUUAAUAUCGACCUGCGAUGCGUACUACUUUGUCGAAUCAGGAGACUAUUGUUCUGGAAUAGGUUCCAAAUUCGGCAAUUUCACGGCCACACAGUUCUACAACUGGAACCCAGCCGUGAAAUCGGACUGUUCGGCCCUACUGGCCGGGUACUACGUCUGCAUUGGGGUUGCAGGUACAUCUACUCCUUCUACAACAGAUACUAUUGUACUCACUGUUACCAAUACUCUAGCUCCGGCUCCCUCCCCAACGCAAACCGGUAUCGCGAGCAACUGCAACGAUUACUACAAGGUCCUAUCGGGAGACACAUGUGUAGGCAUCUCUGACAGCAACAACAUCACUCUCACCGACUUCUACGACUGGAAUCCCGCCGUGGGCGCUAGCUGUCAGACUCUGAUUGCCGGGUUUUACGUCUGUGUGGGAAUUAGUGGUGAGCAGGACUCUCCUUUUACAGAAAAGAGAAAUACGGGUGCCCUACUGAAACAAGUAGACUCGUCGCCCAUCACCACCGCAACGGUUACCACUACUGCCACAGCCACUGCAAUCGCAGUACCCUCGCCUAUUCAGACUGGUAUUGUGUCUGGUUGUACCAAAUACUACCAGGCCCAGAAGGGAGACACUUGCGUCACCAUUGUGAAUGAUCAUUAUCCCAGUCUGACUGUUGCCCAGUUUGAGAGCUGGAAUCCGGCUGUUGGGACAAGCUGUAACAGCCUCUUGGCCGGUUACUAUUAUUGCGUGGCGACUUAG